AUGAGUUCCAAUUUCAUUAAGGCAUUUGCAUUUUUAGGUCUUGUCUUGGGCGUUGUCGUGGUCGACAUCUCCUCAGAAGUGGCCGCAAGAGACCUUUUACAGACCAAGUAUAGCCGAGGAGAUAACGGCAGCGGCAGUGGCGUCGAUGACAUCCCCGGCUGUGGUAAUUACUUUGACAGUUGCAGGGGUCACGGUCCUGAUGGUGGUUGCCAGCAUGGUUGCUGCGGUACCAAAAACGGCGGCCGGUGCAGCAAGUGCUGCAGCAAUGUUAGUGAAUUCAUCAAAUCUUAA